AGGAGGAGGAGGAGGAGGUGGUGGUGGAUUUCAUGAUCUGAAACGAAACUUCCUGAAACGCCAUGACUCAUCUUUGGCUCUAUCGAAAAUAAGUGAUAAAGCUAUAAGAGGAAAGCGAAAUCGGACACUUUGGGAUCCGGACUGAUUGAACAGCUGGACAGAAAUGCGGAUAUCGAUAUUUGUGCUGUGCGCCUUCACUUUUUAUGGACUCUCUGUGUGUGAAAAAGAUACCAAGAGCUCCAGGCAGGUAGAAGAAAGAAAUGCAGUGUUCACGGAAGAGCAGGAAGCCAAUACGUUUUUGGGACGGCAUCUGCUGUACAACCGAUUCGAUUUCGAAAUCUUCACCCAAGGGAAUUUAGAAAGAGAGUGUAUCGAGGAAGUGUGCAACUAUGAAGAAGCCCGUGAGGUUUUCGAAAAUAUUCCAGACACAGAUGCAUUCUGGAAAAAGUAUACAGAAGCUGCUCAGGAUCAGGGGCAGAAAAUCGAUGUGACAGCUCUGUUGGUGGGCCUCAUCGCAGGGGGAGUGGCCAUCAUCAUAUUGGGUCUCCUGAUCUGGUAUACCUGCCAGAACACUUGCAAAAAUAAGCCUGUCAGGACUCGUUCAAGACGCAGUAAUGCCUCUGUGAUCAUCCGGAGGCUAGAGGAGGUGUCGCUGCACCCCAUCCCUGCUCCCUUAUCAGACGAUUUGGAAACGCAAGGUCUUCCGUCAUAUGAGCAGGCCAUCGCUAUAUCUGGACCACACGAUGCUCCACCACCACCAUAUCCUGGGUCGAGACCAGGCACCAUUCGACGAUAACCAAAACCUGCCAUAAAAAAAAUGUCUUGGGUGUUGCUUAAUUUAAACCAGAAACUGUUUUGUUAUGAACUGUUUUAUUUCAGAAUCACUUAUAGAGCUGGCUUAUUGGUUAUAAAUAAUGUACUGGUUUUACACUAAUUUGAAAGUUGCGAUAUAUGUAUGUGCUUAAUUUAUCUAUCAUUAGACUGCUUCUCUGUUUUGCAGUGCUGUGUAAAUAGCUUGCUGACCAGGUCAUUUCAGUUUACACUCGUGAAUGAAGCACACUAAUAUCAUGCUAAAUGCAAAUAGCUUAUAAUGCAGUUGAUUAUAGCCCCCUGUGUCUGUGACGGCUUUUGAUGAAGGAAAAUAGUGAAGAAAGUUUUGAAGGCGAUAAUUGUGAAUACUGCAUGUAGACCUCACGUUUUUUUUUUGUUUUUGUUUUUUUCUUUAACACUGACCUACCAAACAAAACCAGCUUUACCUCGUUUACCUCAGAUUUUAAUAAUGGUUGUAGAUGUGCUUGUAAUUAAUGACAUUGUUUCUUUAUACAUUGUUAAUCAUUGUUAGUUUUUUAUAUAUAUACAUUUUCCUGACUGUAAAUGUGUAAUGUAGCCACACAAAUCAGAACACUGUGCUAUUAAAUAAUAAAUGCAGCUGGGGGGUUUCUCUUGAGAAAAAGAAAGUGGUUUUGUGGGAAAUAAGAUGGUAAACCAAAGGCCAUGUUGGCUGACUUUUUUUUUUUUUUAUAUAUAUAUUUUGAUACGUCUGUUUGCCACAACAACUAGAGCUAAUAUAUGUUUAAUAUAAAACAAUUAAUUCAAUAAAUUAACGUGAAAAUA